AGUGACGCAGAGAUUAUAUAUGCGCUCUGCUACUCAGACGGUUAUCCAAAAUAGCGUUGUUUCCUGAGACUUUUGAUUACUUCGAAGACUUAAGUGCAAACAAACAAAUAUGACCAUGAGUAUUCCUAUUGAAUCUUUGGUCAAAUACAAGAAACCGGAGCUGGUGAGCAAGAACACCGAGAACUCACCAAAGGCUUGGUCUCUGAAGGCGAUUCCCCAGCAGCCCGCCAUCUCUGAUCCAGUUCCACCUCCACCCAAACCCAAAAGACCUUCAUCUAAUGCCAUUAAACAGCAAACAGAGGAUAUUCUUAAUUCCAUCCUACCACCAAGAGAAUGGAUGGAGAAUAAUCAGCUGUGGAUACAGCAGGUGUCCAGCACGCAAUGCAGCCGGUCAGACAUCACUCAUCUGCAAGAGACACUGGAUCUCAAACUGCAGCAGAGACAGGCCAGAGAUACGGGCAUUUGCCCUGCCCGCAGAGAGCUCUACACACAGUGCUUUGAUGAGCUCAUCAGACAAGUUACCAUCAACUGUGCUGAGAGAGGAGUGCUGCUUUUACGAGUGAGAGAUGAGACUCGCAUGACCAUUGCUGCCUAUCAGACCCUGUAUGAGAGCAGUGUGGCCUUAGGCAUGAAGAAAGCUCUGCAGGCUGAGCAACAGAAGAAAGGCACUGAGAAAAAGAUUGCAGAAUUGGAGAAUGAGAAGAGGGAACUGGAAAGACAGUUAAAUGAGCAGAAGGCUAAAUGUGAGGAAAUUGAGAGACGAGAAAAUGACCGGCGACAGGUUGAAGAGAAGAAGCGCACUGACAAGAUCCAGCUUCUCAACCGCACCAACCAACAACUGAAGGCGCAGCUGAAUGCAAUCAUUGCCCCAAAGUAAUUAUAACAGACACUUUCACACACAAAGACUUGCAAGGUAGGCUGAUGGGCAUGUCCAAAGUGUUAGGCUAUAAACGAACUACACGACGGUCGCUUGACUUCAACAUCACCACCACUAAGCUUCCGACAACUCUUUCAAUCUUUAUUUUAAAAAACAAUACAAUUGGAAAAUACUAUAAAUUGAUAAAUCUACAAGUUUGAAAGUUUGAGUUGCAAGAGUACGAGUAUAAACAGAACGAGGCUGUAGCAGAUGUAGAGGGUAUGUAAACUUUUGAACGGUGUAAUUUUGAUAAAUUCAGCUAUUAUCUUGUCUUGUGGACUAUAUGUAAACAUCUGUUGUGUGAAAUAGCUUAUUCAGGAAAGGACUAAAUAAAAAUCAACAUGGGAUUUUUAUGACCCCUCUUAUUUUGUUAACAGUAUUAAGAUUUAGCAGAUUCUGCAAGGGGUAUGCAAACUUUUGAGCACAACUGUAUGUAUGUAUGUACGUAUAUAUUCUCUCUCUCUCUCUCUUUCUCUCUCUCUCUCUCUCUUUCUCUCUCACUCUCUCACACAAACACACACAAAACCAGCAUUCAUGCUAAUGGCCUGAGCACAUUACGGCAUUCUAAUUAUUUAUUUAAAAUGUAUUUAUUUGUUUUAUUUGUUGUACUUUUGAAGUGACCUUGUCAAACAAUAAAUGUUUGAGAUUA